CUCGCAUCACCACAACAACGGAUUCCAGUUUCCGGUUGCGACGUCAUUGCUCGAUUCCCCCAGCUUUACACAGUCUAUCCUGCAAUUUCCCCCGCAUUCGACCCGCCAAUCGAGUUGAAGCUGAUCGCCCAUUAUGGCUUCAUUCAUGGAGGACCUCUGGUCCAGCAUCUUCACCCCGGGACCCACCCCCACGCUCCUCGUCGCGACCAACGUCACCUUCGCAGCUCUGCAGGCUCUUCUCCUGUCUUUGCUCGUGGCAACCUACAGCAUUCACUUUCUGGUUCUAUCUUUCCUCUCCGGCGCUCUCUGGUGGUCUAUCAACUGGUUUGCCAGGGAGGUCAGGCAGUUCCAGGCAGAAGAAGCGGAGAAACAAAAGCACGCGGAUAAGGAGCAGGUCGAAAAUACCGAGAACAACCCCGACCGCAGUAUGCGGAAGACCCCUGGUGCCAUCGACGCCACCGACAGUGAUACGGAGACGGAACAGGUCGCAGGGCGCAAAGAAGCGGCCCCAGUGCCCACUUCCGCUCCGCAGUCCAUCGCGGCCUCGGCCACGCUACAACUUCCCGAGACGCACGGCGAAAUGCGGAAGCGUCUCAGCGUCAGUGGCGAGAGUUCAGGCUACCAGAGCACUGAUAGCGAAUGGGAGAAGGUGGAUGACAAUCAUGCGGCCUAGUAACGCAACUGGUUUGCGCUCUUGCCGGUCCAGUCGCCCUCUUAGGGGGCAGACUCGACUCCCGCUCCUCUUGGUUACGUCCAACAUGCCCAGCCCCCGUGACGGACUCCGAUUUAUCGGUCAAGGA